AUGGCACGCUCCAAGGGUAAAGGGCCCCUCAAGAGGCACCACGCCUUUCAUGGUGUCGUGAUGGUCUGCGGUUGGCUGCUGCCUCCUCUAGCCGUCCUCAUCCGCUUCGGCGUCGGCUUGGAUCUCUUCAUCAACAUCAUCUGCACCAUCGCCGGCUACAUUCCGGGCCAUGUUCACAACUUUUGGAUCCAGAACAUUCGAAACAACAAGAACUCCCGACACUCGCCUUCGUGGGCCAUCCGGUACGGUCUCGUCAAGGAUUACCGAGUCAAACGCACCGCCAAUGGCUGGUCUGACCGCUACGGAGACUCGGCGACCGACUGGCAGAAUCAGGAGGUCAUCGUCGAUCCCAUCACUGGCGAGACCCGUCGCGACCCCGAUUCGGCUCGCAAGACCGGCAACAUUCGAACUGGCAGUCACUUCCUUUCUCCUUGGGCCGACAACGUCGAAGACAGCCCACGUGCAGAGCGCGAGGACCCGUAUGCGGAUGAGAGGAGGCAGAACGCAGGUCGCGCCGGUCACGUUCAACGGGAUCCCAUCACUGGCGCAGUGCUUGACGACGGCGGACACGGCGGAUCCGGCGGCUCGCUCUCGCGCACCAGCUCAAGGAGGAGUCUCGGCAGCCGCUACGCAGAACGCUAUGGCAUCGGUGCUGGCACAGAAGCCUCGUCCAGGAGCUCGCUCAGCUACGCUAAUGACUCGCGCGAUCAAAAUGGCGGAGGCAGCAAGUGGGGUCGCACCAACUCGUCCAAGUCCAAGAAGAAGGAUCGGUGGGCAAGGGAGGCAGAGGCCCUCGGAAACCCUUCUCAGCAGUCGUAUGGCGCCGAUAGCUACGGCUAUGACGAUAGCUCGCGCAACUACGACAGCAAUGCAGGAGCCGGCAACCGUUCCAGCCGCAUUCGAGAUCCUUUGGCUGACCGUCACGAAUUCUAA